CCGCUGGCCACUCCUCUCAGUCCUGCAGCCUGGGCUGUGUCCUCAUCCCUGCAGGGCUGGCCAGGGGCCGGGCCGGACACCGGGACCCGCCCUCCCAUCCCUGGGCACCCCGCCUUCCUCAUUUUGCUGCUGAUUCUAGCCCCAAACAAAAUAAGUUGAGUCCUCUUCCUCCCGCAGCAGCGCGUCCCUGGCUUGCAGCUGCCUUCUGAGGCACUGCAGACGGCGCCGGCCAGGGAGGGGGGGGCCUGGGCCAGCCCUGCCGGGUCUGGGACGGUGCGCCUGGCUCCUGGCCCUGUUCAGCCCUGCCUGUGGCAGGAGAGUGAGCUUUGCCGUGGCAGACGCCUGAGGAUGAUGCCCCAGCUUCAGUUCAGAGAUGCCUUUUGGUGCAGGGACUUCACGGCCCACACGGGCUACGAGGUGCUGCUGCAGCGGCUGCUGGACGGCAGGAAGAUGUGCAAGGACGUGGAGGAGCUGCUGCGGCAGAGGGCCCAAGCGGAGGAGCGGUACGGGAAGGAGCUGGUGCAGAUCGCCCGGAAGGCUGGCGGCCAGACGGAGAUCAACUCCCUGAGGGCCUCCUUUGACUCCCUGAAGCAGCAAAUGGAGAAUGUGGGCAGCUCCCACAUCCAGCUGGCCCUGGCCCUGCGCGAGGAGCUGCGGAGCCUUGAGGAGUUCCGCGAGAGGCAGAAGGAGCAGAGGAAGAAGUACGAGGCCGUCAUGGACCGUGUCCAGAAGAGCAAGCUAUCACUCUACAAGAAGACCAUGGAGUCCAAGAAGACAUAUGAGCAGAAGUGCCGGGACGCGGACGAUGCCGAGCAGGCCUUCGAGCGCAUUAGUGCCAAUGGCCAGCAGAAGCAGGUGGAGAAGAGCCAGAACAAAGCCAAGCAGUGCAAGGACUCGGCCACGGAGGCAGAGCGGGUGUACAGGCAGAACAUCGAGCAGCUGGAGAAGGUGCGGGGCGAGUGGGAGCAGGAGCACCGGACCACCUGUGAGGCCUUCCAGCUGCAGGAGUUUGACCGGCUGACCAUCCUCCGCAACGCCCUGUGGGUGCACUGCAACCAGCUCUCCAUGCAGUGCGUCAAGGACGAUGAGCUCUACGAGGAGGUGCGGGUGACGCUGGAAGGCUGCAGUGUGGACGCCGACAUUGACAGCUUCAUCCAGGCCAAGAGCACGGGCACCGAGCCCCCGGCUCCAGUGCCCUACCAGAACUACUACGAUCGGGAGGUGGCCCCGGCGUCCAGCAGCCCUGGCGUCCAGCCGUCCUGCGGCAUGAUAAAGAGGUUCUCCGGGCUGCUGCAUGGAAGUCCCAAGACCCUGUCAUUGUCAGCAUCUGCGGCCUCCACAGAGACCCCAACCCCCACCCCCAAUCGGAAUGAGGGUGUCUACGCCACCAUCGCAGUGCAGGAGGCACCAGGACCCCCCACCCUGCCAGCCCAGGACUACAGGGCGCUCUAUGACUACACGGCCCAGAAUUCCGACGAGCUGGAUAUCUCUGCGGGGGACAUCCUGGAGGUCAUCCUGGAAGGGGAGGAUGGCUGGUGGACAGUGGAACGGAAUGGGCAACGUGGCUUCGUCCCUGGUUCCUACCUGGAGAAGCUCUGAGGAAGGGGCAGCAGCCCCCACCUGGACCUGCCCCGCUCAUGGGGCCAGCAGCGCCCCCAUCACUGCCCUGGCCCUGCUGGGGCUCCGAG